UCAGUUGAUCCCGAGCCACAGCGCGUGUGCUUGUGUCGCUACGUCGUUCAACUUAUUACGAUAACUUAAAAUAUCAUUAUAUUUUUUUGAACAAAUUUCUUGUGUUUUGGUGUUGGUGUUAAAUCGUUUUUUUUUGUGGAAAGUGGUAUUGGAUUUCUCUCAUAUUACGCAGAUCACAUGAGUCCGAAACUGGAUCAUCAUGUCGGCCGUGAUGAGCACCCUCUCUAUGAUAAGCGGGGGCCGCCGGGCUCAUCGGAAACCAGCUUCUAGCAGUCGUAAGUCGGGGCAGUUCUCUGAUGCUGGAGAGGACCGAAGCCGCAGCCACCAUGACCUCAGCAAACAGCAGAGAUCCGCGUCACUGCAAACCUUGGAGGCCGGUGGUGGGGGCGUGGUCAACCUGGAUAGUCUAGAGGCAAAGAUGGCGAAUAUCGAAGUGUCUCUGUCGGGUCCGCGGCGACGAAGCGCUGGAGCCCGUGACGUCACCAGGGAACUCGAUGCGCUCCGGAAUGCUCUUAGCGACAAAGAUACAUUAAUACAAAGCUUGAAGAAACAACUCAGCGCUUCACUGAGCGCCGCGCGUUUGGCUGCUCAAGCUGCCUCUCCCCCCGCGUCCCGAGCUAGUUGCCAUGAAGAGGCCGCCACACUGUCGCUAGAAGAACAAAGAGCACUAGAGGAACGUGCUGCAGCAGUCAAAGCAGACCUGGAGACUAGACGAGAGAAUAUACAAGAGUUGAGGAGACGGCUUGACAAGACUCACGUUACCGACAACAUCGACACUAGGAUCCAACAGGCAGAGCUGCAGUACAAGUUGGGACGUGAAGAGUUGGAGCUACUGACGUUGAGCGAACAGGCGCGGGCGCUGGCACAGCUCAUAGAACAAGCAGAGGCGGCCGCAGAACGAAACAUCAGGCCCACUCUAUACAGUGCAGUACGCGAAUGUGGCGGUAACGCGACCUUUGUGGCGAUCGAAGCGCGCGACAACUCGUGGGGCGCAGCUCCCCGCGGCGCAGGCCUCCUACUCGACUGGACCGCUGAGGGCUCUCCGCUUCGAAUCGGAGACAGGUUGAUCGAAGUGAACGGUACGUUGGUGAUAUCAUGUCACAGUCAAGAGGAGCUCCAGCGUGCAGUCAACGCCGCCAGUCCAGUCAGACUGGUGGUGCUUCGAUCGCAGACAACUUCACUACCCUCGCAUCCCACAGCUGCCUUCACACAGAAUGAAGCGGCAACUUUAAGAUCAGAACUAGCUUCGCUGAGGACCGCGGCUGAAGAGGCCGAGAAGGCCAAGGAGGGGCUCCGGUCUGACAACACGCGGCUCACACAUCGCAUCUCCUACUUGGAGGAACAGGUCGCCGAGCUACUUGCAAGGCAUUCUCCGCUUCAAUCAACCAGCAGUAACGACAGCUGUAUAACGGUUAACAAAACUAAAAAGAAUGUGACAAACAUCAACAUCACCACAGAACCUCAACCCAAUGGUAAAAAUCCGAAGUCAGAAGUACAAGUUUUUCAAAAAGGUCCCGACAUCACCGCCAUCGUCGCCAAACUACCCGGUUUAGACGGCAUUGAAACCAAUCUUCCUCUAAUGAGACCCAGGUCUAACGCAUCCGGUGCUUCGUCCAGAACUGCGAUAUCACCUAGAGCCUCUCCACCCCCAAACCACAGGUCUCAUAGCUCCCACAGCCUGGAACACAGAGCGGGGAAGAUGCGCCAUUCUUUAUCCCACCACUGCAUCCAUGGAGGUAUAGAUUACAGCGCAGAAACCGACGCAGCUAUACGAAUGAUAGAGAGAAACCAAAGACACAUCGAAAAGCAACGCAUGAAGGCAGAAAGACUGAGCAGGUCAAGAGAAGAAUACCUUCGAUCUGAUAGCGACUUAGAUCUAAGAGACACGCGUUCCACCUCCAGUCGGGAUCCCCGAAAUAUAGAAAUCAAGAAGGCAACUGAUAGAAUCGAAGAAAGCAUCAAGAAAACCAACUGGGCCGAGAGAAAAACUCUAUCCAUUAUCGAGCAGCUCAAAAGAUCGCAACGCUUGCGAAAGAUGAAAAAGAACGACAGUGCAGAAGACGUCCAAGUAGAAACAGAAAAGCACUACAUGUACAGUCGGAUAGACGGCAAGGUGCUGGAGAACGCGCACAAGUCCAGUCGCAGAACAUCUAAGAUACAUUCCCGGAGUGCCAAGUCUUCAGAAUUCGAGUCUGAAUGUUCGGAUUUUCCAAACGGUGACAUGUAUAGCAGUUCGCCGCGGAUAGACUACGGCUCCGAGACUUGCUCUACCAGGAUGAGUCAUUAUAAGAAGAAUGAGGACGGAAAGAACGGAGAACAGAAAUCAAGACCAACUCCACCGAGGAAGCCGCUGCGGUUGUCGUUGCACAAAGCACGCAGCGCUCAUUCGUUGAUGAAUGGAAGCGAAACUGAGACCUCGAGCCAACCGAGACCACCUUCGGAAAUCAGACAUCUGGCGACGGACUGCACCAAGAGACCAGUGAAAAGAACACAUGCGGCUGACAAGUGGGCCAAGGAGAGGCUGAGAGAUCCCAGUAGGGCUACUCCGAGACCAACGCGGAAACUAAUGAAUGGAUUGUCACCGCGUGAUACUCCAGCAGCUGAUGACUUCUAUCCUGAAGACUCCAUGCCGGGACGAAUGAGCGGGAUGAGUCAAUCUAAAUGGUGCUAAUACUUGCCAACACUAAUAAAAAUCCUAACAUUGUAUUAUUAUAAGUACAUGGCAAGUUUUGAAAAGAGCAUAUAUAUUUGUGUUAUAUUGUCGAUUUAAAAAAAAACAGUGGGAAUUUAUUAGCGCUUGCCUCUUAAUUUACAGGAAAGAUUAUAUGCAGAAAGAAUUUAAUUCUGCAUAAGUUACUAUGCGCCAUGUUAACAAUUAAAUUUCUAACCAGGAAGUCUGCAGGGCGGCACUCGCAUAUCGAGCUGGACACAGGUUCGAGCGGCUGAUGAUGAUCAAUGACAAACUAAAAAUCAUUGUGUCGAGCUGCUUAUUUGGUUUUAAUGUUGGCAUUCACACAAGUAAAGAUAUAGGCUAGAAAUUUUGGAAGGAUGAUCAGAAUAUACAGACCAGUGCUUACCAGGUUGUGUCUGAGUGAGACAGACGGCUUUGAAGACAUAAAAUAAAAUAAACAGUUAGAAUGUUAUUACUACUGCCAGUUUUUUUAAGUAGUUUUAUUUUUGUAUAUAAAUAUUUUAACUUUGUAAAUUACGUUGAGGCUAAAUAUUGUUAAUUUAUAUUCUGUAAAUGCACACAGAAUUACGAUAUUAAAAGCAAAUUGAACAGUUCACGGUCGACGUAUCAAACGAUAAAAAUCGUGAUAAUUUCAUUCAAAAUAUUAAUGUAAAAGUAUAUUUGAAUCAGUCGAAUCAAUUUAAGCGUUAGAAUUUGUAACUAAAUAUUGCACAAAGUUGGUACUAAAGUGGGACAUUGUGAUGUACGUAUGCUCUAGUAGCCUUUGACCCGAGAUUGCCGUGAGCUCAAGUACUCCAGUACACACAGCAAGAGUCACAAAAGAAAUGAAGACUAACAACCAACCAACAUCAAAAUUGUGCGAAUAACAGAGUAAGAAGGGUCGGGAGAAAUGGGCAUCUAAAAAUGCAUUUUCUCGAAUUAUUUACUAUUCCCUUGUAAUUUCCAUAUAAAAACUACGAAAAUGUAUUUCUUUAAAGGCAAUAAUGUAAAUACACGUGCACCCACCGCAUUAAUCAAUUAAUUUACUAUAAAUAUUUUUGAUAAUUUUAUUUUUAUGUAAAUAAAACAGAUAUUUUUAUAAAAUCACAUAUUUUUUAUUAAGCUACCAUUCUUUGAUUCCACCAAAUAGUAAGUUGUUACAGUAACUAAUGGACGUAACACGUAGACUAGUUUAAAAACAAAAAACACGUUUUAUUAAAUAACAACCGGAACUUGAAGAAAAUUGUAUGAACUGUUUUGUAUAUUAAAGAUCUCCCUGCUUUUUUAAUUUGUUAGUAUUUGUUUGGUUAAUCCCAUAUCUAUGAGUUGGUAGCCAGGGAACAAACACCUUUCUGCCUAUUUGUAAUGCGAAGCAGUCGUAGGUUCCGGCCAGUAGUAAAGCAGUAAGUACUAGAAGUAUAACAGUAAUUAAGUUUACUGGUGGUAGGAAGUGUUGAGUCCGCACGGGUAGGUACCACCACCCCGCCUAUUUCUGCCGUGAAGCAAUGAUGCGUUUCGGUUUGAAGGGUGGGGCAGCCGUUGUAACUAUACUGAAAGCUUAGAAUUUAUAUCUCAAGGUAGGUGGCGGCAUUUAUGUUGUAUAUGUCUAUGGACUCCGGUAACCACUUAAACAGGUGGGCCGUGAGCUCAUCCACCUACAUAAGCAAUAAAUAAAAAGUAGGUACGGCUGAUGACUGCUUGGUGUGACCUAGCAUUAUACCACCCUUCUCUAAAGAGUACUCUGCCAAUAUAAUAUUACGAUUGCAUGUACUAUUGGAAGGCUGGAUCCGUACGGACAUAACCACGACUCUAUUUCUGCAGCGAAGCCAUCAUGUGUGCCCAUUUCAAUGGCUCUACUGGGAUCAUCCAACAAAAUUGAGACAUAGACCUCAUAUCUGUUAGGCUUCGAUAAGCAUUUAUACCGGGUGAACCGUAAGCCGGUCUAAUGGAAUUAUAAAGAAAAAUUUAUUCCGAAUAUCAUAUUAUGUUUAUUUAUGCAUUGAGUAUACAACAAAACAAUAAUUAAAAUUACAAUAAUAUUUACACGAAUUAGUAACGAUUAUACGCAACUUUCCGAAGCUUGUGUGCGCACACUCGACUAAAUACAAGAGACUUUUCCCCAAAAAUACAACGACUUAUUCAAAGAAAGAGAGAGGUUGAGCUCCAACUGCGGUGUGAGAUGCGAUGCGAUGCUACGCUUCCAGCGUCGUGUUUACUUGUUGCACGUUGAAUAGUUGCAAUCCGCUGAAUUUAAUCUGGUCACUGCCCGUCACACGUCACGCGGUGUCAUGUGACAAGUUUGUUCCGCGCGUGGGCUCAAUGGUCGCAUCGUUUUGACACAGAUAAAAAAAUGCAAAGGGUUUUCGAACGCGUGCGCACAUUGACCUUAUACAAUUAAUUUUUUUUUUUUAUCAUUAGACGAUUAAGAAUAUCGAUAAAUGACAAUUCGAAUUUGCAAUUUGAAUGAGCAUGUGUGCAAUUCUAAUUCUUGGCCAAUUAUAAUAAAUAGAUCAGUAAAAUAUUAUAUGUAUUAUUUAUGAAUCAGUAAUGAGCUAGCCGCCAAGCUGGACGGGCGUUUUAUUAACCUAUAGACAUUCGAAAAUUUCAAAGUCGAAUUCCUCAUUUGACUAUUCGAUACAAUACAUAGGAAGGAGUCAAGGGUAAAGGGCUUACAACUAUCGUGCCAUUACUUAAACAUUACUAAGUUCGCUGCGGAACGCUUCUCUAGUCGUGAGCCUCUGCAUCAAGAUACAUCAGUACGUCUGUAUACUCAUAAAACCAUACAUAUCUUUUUGACCACGUACUGUUUAUUGAAUUGGAUAAUGUAUUAUAUCGCAGCAA